AUGGCUAUUCCGGAUUCGCUAACAGAAGAAGAAUUAGUGCGAGUUACAGCGCUCCUACGCACGUGCUUCCUCGAUAUAGAUGACUUUGAUGCAAAUGUCUCCUACGAUUUUGUUGUGCAGGCGGACAACAAAAGUUUCUGGUCUAAGAUUGUACGCGUGCAUCUGGACUGGAAAAAUGAAGAAUUGGGGCAGAAUCAUCCAAAGUCAAUUUUUAUGAAAUAUGAAGUGUCGUGGUAUCAAUGUUAUGGAGAUGACACAAUUCCACAUUUUCCAAUGCCAAAAUUUUACGGAGCCGAAGAAUUCAGUGGGCCAGGAACAGGUAUACUCGCUUUGGAGGAUCUUAGCGACCGUGUGAAAACGAUGGCAUUUUUCCCUGGCCUUUCUCUAACACAGUUGGAACGAGUAAUGGAUGCUCUGGCUGGAUUCCAUUAUCACUUCAUUUCCAAAAAAGACCAGACCUGGGUAUCUCAGUUUGAUCGAACUUCUGAAGUGGACCAAGAGUUCCAGGACUUUCAGUUUCACUCAUGUCAAAUGUUUGAGAAGAUUCGGCCUGAUCUGUUCAAAACGAAAAUCACAGCCUUAAAAGAGAGCUUUAGAGUUGAAGCGGCCAUCAGUGCGCAUUAUUCAUUUGAAGAACUAGGUGUUCCCCCAGUUCCCGUACACUAUGAUUUGAAUCCCACAAACUUACUGUGGGACAAAGAAAUGAAAAAGGUGAGUUUAGGGUUAUUACUUGGUUUUGACUUAGAAAGUAAUUCCGCGAAUUGCAAUUUCUGGUAA